AUGGCGGCGUCGGAACCGAAGAAGAGACGCGUAGUCGGUGUACAGUCAGAAUAUGGUAUUUCUUCCUCUAAAGAACAGGGAAAAGAUAAAAAUGGUAGGCACUGGAUAUCUGCGAUGAUGACUCUUUGCACUAACAAUACCCUGUGCUACAUAACACUGACUCCGCUUAAAAUCAUAAACUGCAAUGCCUCAACGUGUGUUGGUUCGUCGUUUCCAAAAGCCUUUUGCGAGACUGAGUAUUUUCAAGAUGGGCUUGUUUUUGGUGAUAUUUUUCAAAACGGCAUGGAUAUAUUAGUGGAGUAUAUGAAGAAUAAAACUUUUCCUGAAAACAAGGGAAAAUUUCUUGUGCUAAGCAAAUUGCUGAAAUUUAUGAACGAGGACAGAACAAUUGGUGUCCAUGAUAAUCAGGAUUUGCAAAGGUUUUCUGAAGCAGAGCUCACAAUACUUGUGGCAAACCAUUUGUUGGGAAGACUUGCAAUAUCUUCAUGUUAUUUGGUUGACAAAAACUGUAUUGGAAGAAAAGGGGAUCAGUGUUUUUGUGGAGAGGAUUCAUGCAAGAUGACAGGCGAUUAUGGAGACACCAGUGUGGGAAAUGUAGAUGUGUGGCAUGGAAAUUUAGAUAUUGUCAUCAACAAUGACUUGGCUGUUGAACCUGUUGAAGAUAAAACUGAGAGUCCUAGUGGAAAGUCUCCUGUGGAAGUCAAGCUGAAGACUGUUCUAUCUAGAAAUCCACAAAUCAUUGCACAAACUAUAGUCUUUUCCUUUCUCCAAAAAAAGACACAUCCGGAAAGGGAUUCAUUUUUAACUCCUUGCAUUGGAAUUGGAAGUUCAGACCUGAUAGUCAUGUUCUAUGAUUCAGAACAUGAUGUUCUUCUGGAAAGUUCUAGUAUACCUCUGUUCAAUGAUCCGUUUUCAUUUGAAUUUUCCUACACUGCUAUUAUUGUGUCUUGGCUUGUAGUGAAUUAUAAAUUUUUAUGUACUGGAUUGCCUGAUCAUAUGAAAACAUACAAAAGUGAUUUUUUUGUCCAUGCAGGUAAAAAAAUCAAGAUUUAUGAGGAAAAACUAGCAUUUGGUAAUGUUAUCAGUUCUCAAACUACAGAGGGUAGACUCAAAUUUUGUCCAAGAGUAAAAUGUACCCCAAAAAUGCAUGAACAUGAAAAAAUACUACAGGAGGUGUUGUGGAGCUUAGAAAGUUCCUCUGGUUCAAGUGAAAGUGCCAGUAACUUAAAUCCAAAAUACAUGUGAAUUAAAAGUAUGUCUGUAAAACGAA